AUGGAAUUGUUUGCAGAUGUCACCCCGAAGACAGCAGAAAACUUCCGCAAGUUCUGUACAGGGGAAAGCAAAACUGCUCAAGGGAGACCGCAAGGUUAUAAGAACAGCAAGUUUCAUCGAGUGAUCAAGGAUUUUAUGAUACAGGGUGGCGAUUUUGUCAAUGGUGACGGCUCGGGUACCUGUUCAACCUUCGGCACAUCUACAUUUCCAGAUGAAAAUUUCGUUCUGCAACAUGACCGUCCAGGUCUUCUAAGCAUGGCGAACUCUGGACCGAAUACAAAUGGUUGUCAGUUCUUUAUAACAACCGCGACAACUCCGUUUUUGAAUGGAAAACAUGUUGUGUUUGGCCAAGUACUAUCUGGGAUGGACAUUGUGAGAAUGAUAGAAAACACGCGAACGACCAGAGACAAGCCAAGCCAGGAUGUGACUAUCGCACAAUGUGGGGAGAUGUAA